AUGGCUGAAAAGACAGACACCGAAGCAAUCCUAAAGAGCCUCACGCUCGAGGAAAAAAUCCGCCUCCUCGCCGGCCGCAACUUCGUCGAAACAGGCGACGUCCCCUCCAAAGUCCCCGCCAUCAAGACCACCGACGGGCCCAACGGCACCCGCGGCGCCGCCAUCGACGGCAGCACCAAGGCCGCCUGCUUUCCCGCCGCCUGCAGCAUCGCCGCCACCUUCGACCGCCGCCUCGCCCGCGCCGUCGGCGCCGCCCUCGCCCAGGAGUCCCGCGCCAAGGGCGCCCGCUGCCUGCUCGCGCCCACCGUCUGCAUCCACCGCCACCCGCUCGGCGGGCGCAACUUCGAGUCCUACAGCGAGGAUCCGUUUCUGGCCGGCAAGCUCGCCGCGGAGAUGAUCAGUGGGUGCCAGGGGUUAGGGGUCUCGGCGACGAUUAAGCACUUUGUGGCCAACGAGCAGGAGACGGCGCGGACGACGGUCGACGAGACGAUUUCGGAGCGCGCGUUAAGGGAGAUUUAUCUACGCCCGUUUGAGACUGCCGUGAAGGAGGCAAAGCCGUGGGCGGUCAUGUCGGCGUAUAAUCUUGUCAACGGGGUGCACUGCGACUCGAGCGAGUGGCUGCUGAAGGAGGUGUUGAGGGGGGAGUGGGGGUGGAAGGGGCUGGUGAUGAGCGACUGGGGCGGGACGAACUCCGUCGCGGAGGGGAUCAAGGCCGGCUUGGACAUUGAGAUGCCCGGCCCGCCGAGGAUACGCAAGCCGGCUGCGGUGCUGGCGGCGGUCGAGAAGGGGGAGCUCACGGAGGAUGUGAUUGACGAGCGGGUGCGCACGAUUCUGGAGUGGACGGAGCAGCUGAACGGGUUCCGCGAUCCGACCAUCACCGUCGAGAAGGCGAUCGACCGGCCGGAGCACCGCGCCCUCAUCCGCGAUGCCGGGGCGCGGGGCAUCGUACUGCUGAAGAACGAAGGCGGGAUCCUGCCCCUGACGAAGGAGAAAGUUAGGGGCAAGAAGAUCGCCUUGAUCGGGUACGCCAAGGACGGUCUCGCGCACGGCGGCGGGAGCGCGAGUGUGAAUGCGCAUUACCGCCUCCCGCCAUGGGACGCGCUGCACGCCGCCCUCGGGGAGGACGUCGAGUUCAGCUAUGCCAAGGGCGCGCACAAGGAGCGCCUCCUCCCGCCCAUCAGCGCGGACGGCCGGGUCGGGAAAAUUGUUGGCCUCGACGGCCAGCCCGGGUUUAGCAGGCUGUUCUACGACUUCCACGGCCAAGCGGGCGACGAGCCCGUCUCGGUGCUGCACAGCUACCCGAACUCUGCGUACUCUCCGCUCGGGUCGCAGGAGUCGAUGUGGAAGACGCUUGAUAUUGUCGGCGACUUCACGCCGGCGGAGUCGGGGACGCAUUACAUCGCCUGCUCCGGCAUCGGGCCCACGCAGGUUUUAGUUGAUAACGAAGUUGUGUUUGAGCAGACGGGCAACUGCGCGGAUCCCAUGGGCGCGCUGUUCCUUGCGGCGAACGAGCCGGAGAUCAAGCACGCUUUCGAGGCGGGCAGGACGUACCGUCUCCGUAUACACAGCAAGCCGCCGACGAAGAUUGGUCUGGAGAUUCUUGAGGGCAGGACGGGUGUGAGGAUGGGCUUCGCGCUUGAGUCGGAUCACGACGCAGAUUUACAGGGCGAGGCGGCGAAGGUAGCCGCCGCCGCGGACCUAGCGAUUGUAUUCACAGGCCACGAUCCGCAGUGGGAGACCGAAGGACGCGACCAAGAAUCCUUCCACCUCCCCUGCGACCAGGACGGACUUAUCGAGGUCGUGGCGAAGGCGAAUAAGAACACGAUCGUGGUUAACUCCACCGGCGUCGCGGUAGCGAUGCCCUGGCUGGGCAACAUUUCCGCGCUGGCCCAGUCCUGGUUCCCGGGGCAGGAGUGCGGCAACGCCAUCGCGGACGUCCUCACGGGCGCGGUGAACCCCGAGGGUAAGUUGCCCGUUAGCUUCCCGGCGCGGGUCGAGGACGCGCCGGCGCACGGGAACUUCCCUGGUGAACGUGUCGACGGGCAGUUGAGGGUUACGUAUGAGGAGGGCGUGUUUGUGGGGUACAGGCACUACGACCGCGUUGAGAGGUCCAAGGUUAACUUCCCCUUUGGCUUUGGGUUGUCCUACACGAGCUUUGAGUACGCCAACUUUGCUGUGGCCAAGAAGGGCGGUGAUCAGUUUGAUGUCACGGUGGAUGUUACCAACACUGGCAAGCUUGAGGGCGGUGCCGUGGUGCAGGUUUACGCUGGCAAGGCGACUUCAUCCCCGGACACGCCAGUAAAAGUGCUUGUUGCGUUUGACAAGGUCCGUCUUGCGCCGGGCAAAACGACUACUGUGCAGCUGUCUGUUGUGGCGAAGGAUUUUGCGUCGUUCGAUGAGGCUGGGCGGGAAUGGCUUGUGGAGGCAGGAGAGUACAACUUCACCCUUGGAGACUGA